GUGCACGUGCCUGCAAGUAUAAGUCUUCUGUAAAUCUUUCGAAAUAGUUUACGAUAGUGUGGUAAAACGUUACCUCAGCAUAGAAGCGUACUUCGAUUACUUAAGACAUGAACUAAUAAAUAAUACUCGUCAAAACGAUAUCUUUGUUGAAAUAUGGAAAGGAUGUGUGCAUAGAAAUUUCGUAAAAUAUUUAAGAAGUAUAAAUGUUACAAGCAUAUGCGGACAUACGUGAUCACGUGACAACCGUUGAAACAGAAUUAAAAAUCACAAGAUGCCAAGAAAAAUAGUCGCAAAACAAUAUUCGAGCCAAGAAUCUUUGGCUUUGAUACAUCAAUGCGAAGGUCGUUCGAACCGAGAAUGUAUACGAAAUGACAAUUCAAAAAUUGUUAUGCGAAGGAAGAAGAUAUAUGAAGUAUAUAAUAGGAAGAAAAUUCUUUCUAAAUCAAAACAUAGCAAAAUUCGAAAACUAUCAUGUAUCAACAAGAUUGGACCUUUAGACUAUGUCUUUUAUUCUAUCCUGAAUACAAGUUAUAAUAUGGAUCAAGGAACUGCCACAGCUGCGAUAGCACGUGGUUUAAUAGCACUGAAUAAAAGAUUAGAUUCCAAUAACAUAACGAGCUAUUAUUUAAAUAAAUGGACGCAAUCUGGAGAGAACAUAAUGGUUUUAAGAGGCAUCGAUAGUAAACAUUUAAAAUAUCUUCACAACGAAGCUAAAUAUUCUGCAAUUGACUUGCACUUUCUGCAUCAACGAUGGUCAAAUGGAAGAGACAUCAUAGUCUUAACAGUGUUUGGGCAACAAGAAUAUCUACAAGACAUUUUUGAAGGAUUAUUACCUUUACGGUAGAAUAAGAAUUACCGAUUAGCAAUACAUAUGGAUGUAUGCAUUUGUACAAAUAUUUGUAAUUUGUACUUUACAAUGAGAUGUACAUGUUGUUAUGUUUUUUAUAAUGCACUUAUUAGAAACCCAUUGUAAUAACUCAGAAAGCAAAUUUUUGAGUUAAUACAACAAAAUACUAACAGUGCAAGAAUUGAAAGUAUCUGAGUUGAUGUUCACGUCACGUAAACAUUCAUAAUGUAACGAUACUCGCACCGACUGCCGAUAUAUCCUACAUCCUAAUCCACAUAGAGCUGCGUAUCGAUGGUACGAAGGUAGUCGCAUUCUUUAUGCAACCUGUGUGCUAAUUAAUUAGAAAAAUGCGACGUGCAUUCUUGGAACGUCGCAUACGGAGAGAAUUAACGAAGCACAAUAACAACUAAAUCAAGAAAGAAAUUUCUUAAAGGCAUUUUAUUGAAAAGCUACCGGUAUCAAGCCUUUCGAAAAAUAUAUUAGAUUUUAUCAUCCGAGCAUCGCAGAACUAUACAAUUGCAGAAAUCGAAGAAAGUCGAUUAGAAUUAAAUUGUAUAGAUAUAUAUAAUUCGAGGUAUAAAGAAGGUAUAGAAAAAGACAAAUAGAACGAACGAACGGUAGCAGUAGCAACAGAAGAAAAAGAAGAAGAAGAAGAAGAAGACGACGACGACGACGACGAAGACGACGACACGUCGACGUCGAAGAAGAGACAAAGAAGAAAGGAGCUGUCGUCGCAAGGUGCAAAAGGCUAUCCACAGGCGAAGAGGCGCCACGCCCGCCCCUCCAUGCUCUGCGAAAACCACUCGGCUCGUCGAUGGUUGGCGAAGAAGGUAGUGGAGAGAGAGGGAGUUAGUCGUUUAGCGCAGCCGCCAGCCGCGUUUUAUGCAACCAGUCGUGCUUCGGAGCGAACGAAUCUACUACCCCGGUCUCCUUUGACAGACGGGGAAGCGCGUGCGGUUCUCGUACCAACUCCUACACCGUAUCUCGAGAUCGGAGAAUUGACUACGUGCCAUCCGAUUCGAGUACGUACGAAUCGCGUUUCCGGUGAUAACAAUCGGAAGAGAAACGUAACUCUCGUGAAAUAUUCUUAUCGAAUUUCGAGAAACUUUGUUCUGUGAGCUGUGCCAGUCGUGUAGAGCGACAGCGUUAUUGCUAUCCGCGCGUUGUAAACGCGUUACGAAUACGAUACGUAUAUAUCGAGAGUGAGGAAGGUGUGCUAGGAACGUAGGCGAAACGUACGAACGAGAAAGAAGGAACGAGCAGAUCGUCGAGCGAGUAUUAAAGGCAACGAGAGCUAGAGGAAGGCAAGGUCGUAGAAAGGCGGUGUCGGUGUUGUGUUUCCAACAAACCACGGUAGCUCCUCGUGAGAGAUAUAUAUUAUUUGGAGAGCUAAAGAGACGAACGUAUUUGGAAAAAGAGACACACGAAUCUUCUUCUUCUUCCCUUCUUUUCUAUCGACGGAGAGACAGCCUAAUAGUCGCGUCGAAGGUGCCCGUGAACGAUCUCGUGCGACGAGCCCGUGAACCAGCUCGUACGACGAGAAUCCCGAUGUGUCAACGCGGCUGCAUUAUAGCCACUACUACUCUGUGCCUCCUCGCACUAUCUAAUCCCGCCGCGUAUACGUGCGUCGUCCUCGUCCGCGUCGUGUGACGUGUGCGUGAGGAAGAGGAAGAGAAAGAGGAAAGAGAGAGAGAGAGAGAGUGAGAAAGAGAAAGGAGCGGGCUUGCCGGCACGGAAUACGCGAUAGAGCGAGAGAGGCGUCUCCAUAGGCGGACGUGAAGACGCGAUACGAGACUGCGUUCACGUCGUACUCUCUUUCUCGCUCCCUCUCUCUGUGUUGUUUUCUCUCUCUCUCUUUCUCUCUGUUCAGCUACUCUUUUCUGUGUUUAAAAAAAAAAAGAAAAAGAAAAAAAAAGAGAAAAAGGAACAAGUAGAAAGACAGAAAGAAAAAAAGGAAGGAAGGAAAAGAAAAGAAAAAAAAAUAAAUAACCAACACGGGAAGAGAAGAGAAGCGAGCAUCGAGGAAAGUUAAAGAGAAGACAGCAGCAUCAUCGACGACGAUAACGAAUACAAGAACGAGGAAAACGACGACGACGACACAACAACAACAACAACAACAACAAUAAAUAACAACAACAACAACAACAACGACGACGACGACGACGCCGACGCCAACGCCAACAACGACGACGACGACGUCGUCGGCCAAGAGCGGCGCGUAUACGCGCGCUCUACGAAUAAUCCAGCUUUCGUACGACUUAUCGUAGCUGAUUCUACUGCUUUCCUUUAAAGAGAACGUCAAAGCUAUACUCAAAGCCGGUCGACUCCUUCGACCUCCUCGUCGCCACUAUGGCGGACGACGAGGUUCUCUUCGACGAAGUUUACGAGCUCUGCGAGAUUAUCGGCAAGGGACCAUUCAGCGUCGUUCGGAAAUGCAUUCACCGACAGACCGGGCAGACUUUCGCUGUAAAAAUCGUCGACGUGGCCAAGUUCACCUCCAGUCCGGGCCUGAGUACAGCUGAUUUAAAACGUGAGGCCACAAUAUGUCACAUGUUGAAGCAUCCACACAUCGUCGAGCUACUCGAAACUUACAGUUCCGAGGGUAUGCUCUACAUGGUGUUCGAAUAUAUGGACGGCUCGGAUCUAUGUUUCGAAGUAGUUCGACGAGCGACCGCUGGUUUCGUCUACAGCGAAGCAGUUGCUAGCCACUACAUGAGACAAAUCCUGGAGGCAUUGCGCUACUGCCACGAGAACGACAUAAUCCAUCGUGAUUUGAAACCGCAGUGCGCCUUACUCGCAGGAAAGGAAAAUUCUGCGCCGGUGAAGCUGCGCGGUUUUGGUGUCGCUGUGCAACUUCCUGCGUCCUCGCAGGCAAACGGUGUCGGGCUGACCUCCCCGAGCUGCAAUUUCCCUUUCGAGGACCUGACCGACGCCGAGGAUUCGCUAGUCAGCGACACGGAGGACAACAUUGGUCGCGUUGGAUGUCCACACUUCAUGGCACCGGAAGUGAUUCAACGUCGACAGUAUGGGAAGCCAGGUGACGUUUGGUCGGCUGGUGUUCUCCUUCACGUUCUUCUUACCGGCACGCUUCCAUUUGUGGGUUCUCGCGAAAGGCUACGAGAGGCAAUUUGUAGAGGACGAGUUCAGAUGGAAACACCGUUGUGGGACUCCAUUAGCGAGCCAGCGAAGGACCUCAUACAGAGAAUGUUAACGACGGACGUAAAUCAUAGGAUCACUAUUCAAGAAGUCCUCAAUCAUAAAUGGCUCAGAGAUCGCGAUAAGGGAGCAGCACGAAUACAUUUAGGCGACACUAUAGAAGAACUUAAAAAAUUCAACGCGAGACGAAAAUUGAAAGAUGCUGUGAAAGCUGCUGUCUCUUCGACAAAGUGGCACGCCCCUUAUUCGGAAACUAAUGGCGACAGCCUUUCCGAUGUUGGCGAUGACGAAGUCACGACUACCGGAGCUGUCGCUGAAAUUUUGGACUCGCUCGACGAUAUUGAAGUUUUGCAAGAAAGCGGUAGACUGACGCGUGGUGAAAUUCUUAACGCAGUUGAGGACUAUCGCCUUCGAGCUAUUUUAGAGCUUUACGACAGGAUCUCAAGUCGCGUACCCACACCAUGCCGAGCGCCACAAACAGACGCUGUGCAACGUGCGCGGGAAGUCGAGGAGAUCCUUCGGGAAGCGGAACACUCGACGGUACGAAACAUCGAUAGGGCCGACCUUCGAGAACUUCAAGAACUUCUGAUGCAGCCGCACAUGAGGGAGAAAAAUCAAUGGUUACCUCUUCGUAUCUCGAUCGAUGGGUCUCGAAGAUAAACGUUAUCGACGAUUCGACGUAGCCGCGUAAUAUGCGAAACGUUGGCCCGUCGCGAAGAAACUCGAUAGCCUUCGGCGUUGGAUCUUCGUCGAGAGGCAACUUGAGAGGAAAGAAAAAAGGCGCGAACGCGAUAAUGUAGUAGUAGAGUAAUAGUAGCCUGGCCGAGGUAGCCGUGUUGGGGGCCGGAACGGCGAGGAAAAGCGAAGAAUUGAUGCGAUGUGAAGAUCGUC